AUGGAAACAUCUUCCCCACGUGCCGGAAGCCAGCCGGCGCCGACGGCGGCGCGGUACUUUGCGUCCUGCCGCGCGGAGCCCCUGCGGGUGUCAUCGCGAGACCAGCUCGCCGAAAUGGCCGCAGCCAGUCAAGGAAACUUUGAGGGGAAUUUUGAGUCACUUGACCUUGCAGAACUGGCUAAAAAGCAGCCAUGGUGGCGCAAGCUGUUUGGGCAGGAAUCUGGGCCUUCAGCCGAAAAGUAUAGCGUGGCAACCCAGCUGUUAAUUGGAGGUGUCACUGGCUGGUGCACGGGUUUCAUAUUCCAGAAGGUUGGAAAGUUGGCUGCAACGGCUGUGGGAGGUGGAUUUUUUCUCCUGCAGCUUGCAAACCAUACUGGGUACAUCAAAGUUGACUGGCAGCGAGUGGAGAAGGACAUGAAGAAGGCCAAGGAGCAGCUGAAGAUCCGUAAGAGCAACCAGAUACCGACGGAGGUCAAGAGCAAAGCAGAAGAGGUGGUGUCCUUUGUGAAGAAGAACGUCCUGGUGACGGGGGGGUUUUUCGGAGGCUUUCUGCUUGGCAUGGCGUCCUAG